AUGUGUACCGUAUCCGCGACAAUGACCAUGUACGGAGCCAACAAAAUUCAGCACAAACAUUUCGUAACAGACAUAAAACUGAGGACUGUCCAGUCUACUUUUGCCGACUGUGCGGCGUUGCAUCGGCUACGAUGGCAGCCCACUUACCGGCCGGCAAGCGCUCGUCCAAUGGAAUUUGGCGGGUCAAGGCCAGGCGAGGCGGCUAACGAAUCCCGGUUGGGCAAAUGGAUCGAGUGGAAAUUCCACUCGCGAUUGAGCGUUCAAUCACAUGCUCGCAUCCAAUAA